AUGAACAAGUCAUCACCCUCAGCUGAUACUAGUAAUACAACAACUGAUUUGGAAUCACCAAGUACAGAGGCAAUAAUUCCUCAAACUAUUCCAUUACCACCAUCAAAUCAAAUAAUUGAAAUUUAUUUUACGUUUUUAUGUGGUGUUAAUCCGCUGAUUGAGAAGGAAAAGCUAAAAUAUUUCACUAAUAAUUAUUUAUUUCAAAUUGAUGAGGAAAAAAUUGAAUUGGAAGAAAAUGAAUGGAUAAAAUCUAAGGAGGAAAUGAAAAGUGUUCAUUGUUUCUACUUGGCCAUAUCAGCCUAUGCUAAGCAAGCAACGGAAGGUUUGGAUGAAACGAUUUUGAAAAAAGCAGAAAAAGAAUUUGCAAUAAUGUCAAUGGACUAUUCAACAGAAUUUUAUUGGGCCGCCAGUGCACUCAUACUUUUAAUUGUAUAUAUCGGUGAAGGUAAUCUCUACAAAUUGAAUUAUUAUCUAGCAAUUGUUAAUUUUUACAUUGAGAAUAAUAAGGAUUGUAAGGAACACAAAUUUUUCAAACCACUCGAAAGGUAUCGCGAUCAAAUUGCAAGCAGAUUUAAAAAUAAUGUUCAGAGCUUGGGAAAUACUUUAGAGAGUCUGAGCAAGAUAUUUUUCCACUCAACCUCAAUGAAAUUGGAAGAUUUUCUUUUACCUGGUGUAUGGGAGCAUAUGAAAACUUCCCCAGUAACUCCACAAAAUUUUAUUCUUUUCAAACAGGUGCUUGAUAUUAUAUUUCAAACAAUGGUGAAAUUUAAACAAACAGUGACUGAAUCUCUUGUUGAUUGUCAUAACGAAAUAUUUUUUCAAUCUCAGCGUUUGUACACAACCAUUAUAACAGAAGGAUAUAUACUGUUAUUCUUGAAACAAAUCCAAGAGGUGUCAUUCCCUGCAAUGGAGGAAAUUGCAUUGAAAAUUACACUACUAACUGAGAAUGAAUUAUUCUUGUAA